UCGUGUUCCGAGUUCCGGGUGUAGUGCCGUAGCCGUGAUGGAUCUUCGUACAGUGAUGUUGGUGUUGGCCAUCGUGGCCGUCGCAAUGGUGACCAGUGUCCCGGUGGAUGAUGAACCGAGGAGAGGACCGAUAAUUAUCGACGCCCAAUUAGCAGCAGCAGCAAAACGUGCUUCAAUGUAUAGGGAAGGGGAAUUAAGUACGCCUGAUUCAGUUCAGCGAGACGAUUCAACUACCGAAGAGGAAACGACAGUCGAUCCUGCACUUACUACUACGACAGUUGAGCCUGUGACUCCCGAGAGUACAACUACGAUCGAGUCCACUACCACAGAGGAAACCACAGUCGAUCCUGAAGUUACUACUACGACAGUUGAGCCUGUGACACCCGAGAGUACAACUACGAUCGAGUCCACUACCACAGAGGAAACAACAGUCGAUCCUGAAGUUACUACUACGACAGUUGAGCCUGUGACUCCCGAGAGUACAACUACGAUCGAGUCCACUACCACAGAGGAAACCACAGUCGAUCCUGAAGUUACUACUACGACAGUUGAGCCUGUGACUCCUGAGAGUACAACUACGAUCGAGUCCACUACCACAGAGGAAACAACAGUCGAUCCUGCAGUUACUACUACGACAGUUGAGCCUGUGACUCCCGAGAGUACAACUACGAUCGAGUCCACUACCACAGAGGAAACCACAGUCGAUCCUGCAGUUACUACUACUACAGUUGAGCCUGUGACGCCCGAGAGUACAACUACGGUCGAGUCCACUACCACAGAGGGAACCACAGUCGAUCCUGCAGUUACUACUACGACCGUUGCAUCAACAACUGUGUCAACUUCAGCCACAAUAACAACCACAACCGAUGCAGCGAUAACUGGUGGCAGCACUACGAUCGAUCCGGAAACCACAACACAGGGUGCUAGCUCGGUUACUUCCUUGGGUGUUGCCCUACUAACUGCUGUUGCACUGACCAAUGUACUUCGAGUACACUAGCGCAGUGUUAGUGACCAGUGUGUGUAACGCAUAUUUGUGUAAGAUAGUGGUAGUGUUUUAGUAUUGCCAGACAGUGGAGAUGAUUGGAAGAUUUAGGUUUCAUAUUAAAGAGUCGAACGUCUGUCGGUGGUGUGCUAAUUGUGGUUGAACUCGAGGAACUAAUUUGAAAUUGUUAGCAGUUAAUGGAAAAGCGUGUGAGUGUACGUUAGGCUUUCGUGUGUACGUGUGCCAAGAUGGAUAUGAUAUGAUAUACAAAUACAGUAACGAUUCACUGUUGAAAUGUGUUGUUUUAAAUGGAU